AAUAGUAACAAAAUAUUUAGGAAAAACAAGUUAAAAUUAAAUUUCGCGAUGUUUGUUUGUGGAAUGUUAACGUGUGAGAAAUUCGAUCAAAAAUGUGUGCCAGCGAGUCCAGCCGAUAAGAAAGAACUCGGUCGUCGAUGAUUCGAGCUGCUCUGCGAUGGAUGCGGUCAAGUGGAAGGAGCUGGCACUGGGGAGCCCCUGCCCAGAAAUGGGAACUGCAAAGUUGCAAGCGGUGUGCCGGUAUGAAAUACUGUCCCGCUCUGCUGAGCACGCCAAGCUUUUUAGAGAACAAUUUGGCCUUCUCUUCCAAGUGACCACGAAACUGCACAUCACUGGAUUUGUCGACACCGAAGAUUCCGAUACUACGCCUUGAAACUGACGAGAUACGACAAAGGGGUUCUUUUUAGCGGUAAACGCGCAAACCUUUAUUAUGCUUUUGAAAUAAUAAAUAUUGUGAAAUAUUUGUAGAAGAAUAUCUAUUCUUCCAUAUCAUCCCAUGCAUAUCAUAAGAGACGACAGAGAGACUGAAUUAGGAUAAAUGUUGUAUUGUGCGAUGUGUGUUUGUACGGUGCUAAUUUUUACAAAUAAAUAUAGGUACUGAUUUAAUUCAUCACUCAUUCCAAUUACAAUUUCAUCAUCAUUACAGCCCUUCACAAGUCCACUGCUGAAUUUAGCCCCCCUCCCCCCAAGGAAUGCCACAAAGCACGGUCCUGAGCCACCUGCAUCCAUCGACCUCUUGCAUAUCUUACCAGGUCGUCACUCCAUCUAGUGAGGGGACGCCCUACACUUCGCCUGCCGGUACAAGGCUGCCACUCAAGAAACUUUUUUCCCCAUCGGUUGUCGGUUCUUCGAGCAAUAUGGCCGGCCCGUUGCCACUUCAGCUUAAUAAUCCGUUGGGCUAUGUCGGUCACUCUGGUUCUACUGCGGAUAUCCUCAUUUCUAAGUUUAUCACGCAGAGAAACUCCGAGCAUAGUUCUCUCCAUAGCUCGCUGAGCGACCUUAAGCUUCCUCUUCCGGCCAGCAGUGAAGGACCACGUCUCAGUUCCAUAUGUCAUCACUGGCAACACGCACUGGUUGUACAGUCUCAUUUUCAAGUUUUGAGGUAUACCUGACGAGAAGAUUUGCCGUAAUUUCCCGAACGCUGCCCAACCGUGUUGAAUCCGUCGAUUGACCUCUCGGUCGAAGUUGGACUUACCUAGUCGGACUAUUUGUCCCAGGAAAACAUACUUGUCAACAACUUCGGGCUUAGUGCUCCCAACAACUACCGGCAUAGGUGUGAUAUGGACAUUAAACAUGGUCUUUGUUUUGUCCAUGUUCAUCUUAAGACCUAUCCUUUGGGAAACACUAUUGAGGUCAUUGAGCAAAACAAAAUAUAUAUCAUCGGCAAAUCGAAGGUGAGUGAUGUACUCGCCAUUGAUGUUGAUACCGUAUCCUUUCUAGUCCAGAAGCUUGAAAACGUCUUCCAAUGCAGCGGUGAAGAGUUUCGGGGAUAUAACGUCACCUUGUCUUACACCUCUCUGCAAUUGGAUAGGUUUCGUACUCUGGUUCUGUACUCAGAUAGCUAUCGUAGCCCUAUUGUACAAGCACUUCAAAACUUCGAUAUACCGGCAGUCAACUUGGUACCGCUGAAAGGACUGCAGCACCGCCCAAAUUUCGACGGAAUCAAAGGCUUUCUCAUAGUCCACAUACGCCAGACAUAGUGGCAAAUUGUACUCCUCGGACUUCUGUACAAUUUGCUGAAGGGUAUGUAUGUGGUCUAUGGUGCUAAAGCCUUUUCGGAAACCGGCUUGUACGGGAGGCUGGAAGUCGUCAAGUGUGCGCGCGAGUCCAUUCGUAUGACUCUCGAAAACAGCACGUAGACGCGGCUCAGAAGGGAAAUCGGUCUGUAGUUCUUGAUGAGGGCGUUGCCGCCUUUCUUGAAGAACAAGACCACCGCACUUCUUCUCCACACUUCAAAUACCGGUUUUCAUCCGCUUUCAGAAGCUCCGCUGUAAUUCCAUCCUCACCUGGGGCCUUGCCGUUUUUAAGGUGCUGAAGAGUCAUUCUAAUUUCGCUCAGACUGACGUCCGGUAUAUCAUCGGAAAAAUGUCGGAUAAGACUCGCUCUUGAAUCGUUACUCACACUUGCGUGUGGCUCGAACGAUGUUGUGUACAGCUGCCCAUAGAACCUCUCAAUCUCACUCAAAAUCUCAUUAGCUCAUCCAUGCGUGACUGCGCCGCCAUGUUAAGCGCCAAGUUAUGAGGUAGAUUCUGCUGUCAAACUGUCAAAAAACAGCGAAAUAGUGUCGUACACUCUUAUUUAUGGUGUCGAUAGAAAUUAUUUUAAUAAAUUAAUUUUGUUCAGAAAUGAAUAUAUAAUAAUAAUAAUAGUUUAUAAAUCCUGGAUAUCAUAUUUCAUCCACCGUUACAUGAUCAUGUCAGAUUUUCGAAUUUUAAACGAACAAAAUUAAUGUACCUGCGAAAAUAAUAAUAUUUUUAAUUUAAAAUCUGAAUAAAAAAUUUGAUGUGAUAUCUGGCAGGACCGAACAUGCUUAUAUAACUUACCACUUGUGAUCAAUUAUGUGCAGAACGUUCUUAUAUACCAAUAAACAAUAAAUAAGUAUUGAUUUU